GUCCAGUCAAAUAUCAAGUUAUGCUUGACAUCAGAUGGAUUUCGACCAAGAGUUGAAGAAAAUCGUUCGCGAAUGCACCUAAGAGGUGUUUGUAUUGAAGUGUAUGUGGUGUACAUCCAUUUAUAUCCUGUCGUGAUGUCAAUAUGCCAGGAGGACGAAGAGGAUUGGUUGCUCCACAGAACACCUUUCUCGAGAAUAUUUUGCGACGAUAUAAUUCUUUACCUGACUGCAGUUUUCUACUGGCUAAUGCCCAAAUUGUGGACUUUCCUAUCGUAUAUUGCUCCGAAACAUUUUGUAAACUUGCGGGUUAUAACAGAGCUGAGGUGAUGCAGAAGAGUUGUCGUUGUAGUUUUAUGUUUGGUGAGUUAACAGACAAAGCCACUAUAUCGAGGAUAGAACAGUGCCUGGAUAAUCAAUCGCUUGACCAAGUGGAGAUCCUUCUCUACAAGAAAAACCGUAGCCCAUUAUGGCUUCUUUUACACAUAGCACCCAUUAAAAAUGAAAAAGAUGUUGUUGUUUUAUUUCUGUUGACAUUUCGGGACAUAACAGCUCUGAAACAACCUCUGGAAGACGAUGCAGCCAAAGCAGCUGUUGGUCUUAGUAAGUUUGCUCGAUUGGCGAGAUCUGUCACCAGAAGUCGUUCAGUCCUUGUCCAACAAUUCUCUUCACAUAUUCCUGCAAUAAAGUCCGAAAAUGCCAAACAAUCGCAGAUUGCUCACAUGAUAAGCUUGAAUUCCGAUGUCCUGCCCCAAUACCGUCAAGAAGCACCCAAAACUCCACCCCAUAUUCUUCUCCAUUAUUGCGCCUUCAAAGCUAUCUGGGAUUGGGUGAUACUAUGCCUUACCUUCUACACUGCCAUUAUGGUGCCCUAUAACGUUGCGUUCAAAAAUAAAACGAGCGAAGACGUUACUUUACUGGUGUUGGACAGCAUCGUGGACGUCAUCUUUUUCAUCGACAUCGUGUUGAAUUUCCACACAACAUUUGUCGGACCUGGAGGUGAAGUUGUUUCGGACCCAAAAAUCAUCAGGAUGAAUUAUUUGAAGAGUUGGUUUAUUAUUGACCUCUUAUCGUGCCUACCUUAUGAUGUCUUCAAUGCCUUUGACCAUGAUGACGAUCAAGGAAUCGGCAGCCUCUUCAGCGCCCUGAAAGUGGUUCGCCUACUUCGACUCGGUAGAGUUGUAAGAAAGUUAGAUAGGUAUUUAGAGUACGGUGCAGCCAUGUUAAUUCUCCUUCUCUGCUUCUACAUGUUAGUAGCCCAUUGGCUAGCUUGUAUUUGGUAUAGCAUAGGACGUAGCGAUGCCGAAAACAAUUGCACUCAUAGCUGGUUAUGGAAAUUAUCCAAUACAACCAUGAAAGAUUUUCAUUUUCGCAUCUCUAAUCAAACUAUGAAAGGUGAAUUAGUGGAUGGGCCUCCUCGUGGUACCAUGUACGUUACAGCUUUAUACUACACAAUGACGUGCAUGACCAGUGUAGGGUUUGGCAACGUUGCAGCUGAGACUGACAAUGAGAAGGUUUUCACCAUUUGCAUGAUGAUCAUCGGAGCUCUUCUUUACGCUACAAUUUUCGGUCAUGUUACAACAAUCAUUCAACAAAUGACAUCAGCAACAGCUAAAUAUCACGAAAUGCUUAACAGCGUGCGGGAAUUUAUGAAACUCCACGAGGUGCCUAAAGCAUUAAGCGAACGAGUUAUGGAUUACGUUGUUUCCACUUGGACAAUGAGUAAAGGAAUUGAUACGAAAAAAGUAUUGAGUUACUGUCCGAAAGACAUGACAGCCGACAUCUGUGUCCAUCUAAACAGAAAAGUUUUCAACGAACAUCCAGCUUUUCGGCUUGCCAGUGAUGGUUGCCUCAGAGCACUUGCUAUGUACUUCAGCAUGGAUCACAGCGCACCUGGUGAUUUGCUGUACCAUACUGGAGAAAGUAUAGAUACACUGUGCUUUGUCGUCACUGGAUCGUUAGAGGUUAUACAGGAUGACGAAGUAGUUGCUAUUUUAGGCAAAGGAGACGUAUUUGGCGAUUCUUUUUGGAAGGAACCGACAAUUGGUCAAUCUUGUGCAAAUGUAAGAGGUCUUACAUAUUGCGACCUGCACGCAAUUAAGAGAGAUAAAUUACUAGAAGUGUUAAAUUUCUAUCAUGCUUUCGCCAAUUCCUUCGCUCGCAACUUAGUUUUGACAUAUAAUCUUAGGCAUCGAUUAAUCUUUCGAAAAGUCGCUGAUGUAAAGCGAGAAAGAGAAUUGGCUGACCGAAAGAAAAGCGAACCUUUGCAAGAGAUCUCCCAGGACCAUUUGGUUAGGAAAAUCUUCUCGAAGUUCCGCAAGAAUGGAUCAGAAACAAACAACAGGCCCGGAAGCUCUAAUCAAGUUGCUGCAUUACCAUCUCCAGAUUUGGAGAAAGGAGAAGGACCCACUUCAAGUCAGAUAGACAUCAAUAGUGAAAACAGCAGGAAAACAGGUCGAGAGAGUCAUUCUUCAGAAGGUACAGAACUGAAGAAUGGAAGUGGUCGUAAUUCUAGUAGAUGGAGUCUUAUAGCCGACGAAACUAGUUUGGAAAAUAAGGAAAAUCAAUAUUUUAAUGAAGGUGGGAAUAAAUUGGACAACAAAAAAGUAAUUGGUGCUAUACCUCCUAUCAAAGGUAAAGGUAGUAAGUGGGCCAAACUGAUGGAUAAAUCGGAAAGUGGCGAUGUGGAUAAUGAAGAUUCCAAGUCUGAUAAAGAUUUAGCAAUCUUUUCUCUGCAGAAACAAACGUCACAACAAGAACAAAGUGCGGACUCAAUGCAAACUUGUGACUUUCUGCAUCAACGUAACAGUUCGGACUAUCAGCAAAUCGUCGCAAAUUUAAUGGAUCUUCGAAUAGAUCUUAAGCUCGAAAUUCAACGACUCAACAACAAAAUUACGAGGAUAGACGAUCACAUUGGUGAAUUAAUUCACCAUGUACCGCGUUUUGAAUCAAAUACUUUGGUGUUGAGAAACGUUGGAGAUCAUACGAGACAUACGUGCAGCAAAGCUGGAAGCAAGAAAGAAGGUUGUGAGCGUGGCACUCACGGAGGAUCCAAGAAGAAGGGAAAAACGAAGAAUAAAGGUCCAGUUUCUCAAUCUUCGCCUACAGAUAUGAGGGCAAUGCUCGAAAACGAGAUUGAGGAACUGGACAGGGACAGCACUAAUAAGGAAUUGUACGAGCAAGAAAAAGAUCCACAGUAAGAUCUUUUUAGCAAAGGCUUAACUAACUAUUAAGGCCUGAAAUUGCAAAUUUCUUCUUUUGCAAAACUCCAGGGUUCCAAACAAAUGCAAUAAAGGAACCUUUCUUGGCCAUUUUCUUCUAGAUCUCUCCAACCCCGUGCAUAAGGUUGAGAGUAACUAGAUUUUAAAAAAGAAGUCCAAAAUAGAAUUUCAAUUUUGUCCAUUUAAAAAUUAAAAAAAAAAGGAAAAAUAAUAAUUAUAUUUUGAGAAGUAA